ACGAGGACUAGCGGCAUUCGCAGUUCGGAAGUGAACGGUGAUAGAUCGGGAUAUUACUCAGCGGAGCCCACGGGGAUCGUGUGGGUGAUCGUGAACGGGAGUGAAAGUUUUGAAUUGGCGGAAGUGAUUUGGGAUAGUAACUGUGCUUUUUAGUGGAAAGAUUAAACCCUGCAAAGAAUGGAUAAUCUGCGCAGAAGUGAUCAUCAUGAUGGGGCUGGUGGUGGAGAUCGGGAUGCUGAAAGUUAUCUCAGAAGGAUUAAGGCGGAAAUCAGGAAGACAAAUAAGCCAAUUAUGGAGAAGAAACGCCGAGCUCGCAUCAACAACUACUUGAACGAUCUCAAAGCCCUGCUUCUGGAUGCGAUGAAGAAAGACCCCAUCCGUCACUCCAAGCUGGAAAAGGCGGACAUUCUGGACCUCACGGUGAAACACCUCCAGGACAUGGAACGUCGCAAGUUGGCCGUCGCCAUGGCCGUGGACCCUACCGUCGUGGACAAGUUCAAGUCCGGCUACAACGAGUGCGUCGACGAGAUCGACAAGUACUUUAGCACCGUCCCGGGCAUGGACAGCGGCCUCAAGCAGCGCGUUACGAACCACCUGAAGUCGUACCUCAAAUAUCAGCGUUUUCCUACACCGAUCGCAGCAGGCGCUGCCGGGACGUUCGGAGGGUUGUUCGGCCGAGCAAGCGACGAAAUCAACAACAACGGUCGCCUAGCAAUGGAGGGACUUUCGUUGAUUCCGUCACUGUUGCCCAGCGGCGAGCUGGCUUUCAUCAUGCCACAUGGCAGCGCGGCUGGAUUGCCGUUUUUGCCACGGUUGUCAACGGCUGGAGGUCCCACCGGAAUGCCACCUCUCGGUGGUUCCAACCACUUCAAACCAAUUCCUCACGAGAAGCAACCGUACGCUCCAAGCCCUCCGUUGAGUCCCGUUUCGGAUCAGGACAGCGUCAAGGGAGCGACGUCGGUUGACUUGAGGACGCCUCAGAACAAAGGAACGUUGCCUACUACGAUGCUAAAGACGCGGCCUGCGCUGAUGGAGAGUCUGCUGAGUGCGUUUCCAACGCCUCCUACGCCGGAGGAAAGCAGUCGAAUUUCGGCCUUCCGGCCUAACCUGAAGUUGAUCGAUCGGAUCCGGAUGCACCAGGAGGGAGCGGCCAAGAGGGUGGCACCGGACGAUAGGGAUGAAGAGCGGGAGUGUAAGAGAAGUCGUCGAGUAGAUCCAGAGGAGGAGGAUGAUGAUGAUGAUUUCAGCGAGGAUGGAGACGAUGAACGGGAGGAGGAAAAUGACUCGAAGGAAAACUCGACUGGGGACAUGUGGAGACCGUGGUGAAGAGGGGGAAGAUUAAUUGAUGGUGUUUUACGUUGUGAUACAGGACAAUAAUUUCCAGUUUUUUUUUAGAAAAUUUAGCAUCACUGAGAGCUUUAACGAUUUUAAUAUUUGAUUUGAAAACCCACAAUCUAUUAUUUGUGGAAUAAAGAAAAGAAGCAGCUUUAAUAGAUUUUAAGUGUGUGACAGUUUUAUAUUUUAUUUCAAUAAACAAAUACUUACUUGCGAAAAUGA